AUGUCAGUGUUUGGCAAAAAAGAAUUUGAUGUGAAACAGAUCCUAAGGCUACACUGGAGGUGGUUUAGUCAUCCUUCUCAAGGAUCCUCCCACACUGGAAACUGCCUUCAGCAGGAAGGAUAUGAGCUUAGAGGGACCCUGGUUCAGGGCACAUUGAACAACCACUCUCAGGACAGAAACAGACUGAAAAAAAGGAACAAUCCUUUCCAUCCCAACAUACUAACAUCAGUGCAAGGACUAGCCCCUGACCAUCAAAGAGACUUUCAGAAUUGGCACUCACAAAACCUGAUAGAACAUUUUCGAGCAAAUGAAGCUACUCCUAUGGCAGUUCCAGAAGAGAAUUUGUUUAAAGAAGCCUGAGAAACACUUAAAGAUUUGGAGAUGAUUGCUGCUGAUAAUACAGAAGAUUCUACAGUGAGAUUAGAUACACAAUAUCCUGAAGAAAUGAAUGUUCAUAGAUCUGAGGAGCAGUUUCAUGCUGUAAAUUAUGCAGAACAAACUUUUCACAAAAUGGAGAACUAUCUGAAAGAGAAACAACUGUGUGAUGUACUACUUAUUAUGGGACACCUCCGAAUUCCAGCCCAUAGGUUGGUUCUCAGUGCAGUGUCCGAUUAUUUUGCUGCAAUAUUUACUAAUGAUGUAUUUGAAGCCAAACAAGAAGAGGUCAGGAUGGAAGGAGUUGAUCCUAAUGCACUUAAUUCCUUGGUGCAGUAUGCUUACACAGGUGUCCUGCAUUUAAAAGAAGAUACUAUUGAAAAUUUGCUGACUGCAGCUUGUCUCUUGCAGCUGACUCAAGUCAUUGAAGUCUGCUCCAAUUUUCUCAUAAGGAAGCUCCACCCUUCAAACUGCUUAGGGAUUCCAUCAUUUGGAGAUGCCCAGGGUUGUACAGAGCUCCUAAGUGUGGCACAUAAUUACACAAUGGAACACUUCAUCGAGGUCAUAAAGAACCAAGAAUUUCUCCUGCUUCCAGCUAAUGAAAUUUCAAAACUUCUGUGCAGUGAUGACAUUAAUGUGCCUGAUGAAGAAACUAUUUUUCACGCUCUAAUGCAGUGGGUGGGGUAUGAUGUGCAGGCUAGGCAAGGAGACCUAGCAAUGUUGCUUUCUUUUAUCAGACUGCCAUUAUUUCCACCACAGUUACUGGUGGAUCUUGAAAACAGCUCCAUGUUUACUGGUGAUCUUGAGUGUCAGAAGCUCCUAAUGGAAGCUAUGAAGUAUCAUCUCUUACCUGAGAGACAACCUAUGAUGCAAAGUCCUCGGACAAAGCCUAGAAAAUCAACUGUGGGGGCACUUUAUGCUGUGGGAGGCAUGGAUGCUAUGAAAGGUACCACCACAAUUGAAAAAUAUGACCUCAGAACGAACAGCUGGCUACAUAUUGGCACCAUGAGUGGCUGUAGGCUUCAGUUUGGAGUUGCAGUUAUUGAUAAUAAGCUCUAUGUCGUGGGAGGAAGAGAUGGUUUAAAAACUUUGAAUACUGUGGAAUGUUUUAAUCCAGUUGGAAAAAUCUGGACUGUGAUGCCUCCCAUGUCAACACAUAGGCAUGGCUUAGGUAAGACCACACUUGAAGGACCAAUGUAUGCUGUCGGUGGUCAUGAUGGAUGGAGUUAUCUAAAUACUGUAGAAAGAUGGGACCCUGAGGGAUGUCAGUGGAAUUAUGUGGCCAGUAUGUCAACUCCUAGAAGCACAGUUGGUGUUAUUGCAUUAAACAAUAAGUUAUAUGCUAUCGGUGGUCGUGAUGGAAGUUCCUGCCUCAAAUCAAUGGAAUAUUUUGACCCGCACACUAACAAGUGGAGUCUAUGUGCUCCAAUGUCCAAAAGACGUGGAGGUGUGGGAGUUGCAGCAUAUAAUGGAUUCUUAUAUGUUGCUGGGGGUCAUGAUGCCCCUGCUUCUAACCACUGCUCCAGGCUUUCUGACUGUGUGGAACGGUAUCAUCCAAAAAAUGAUUCAUGGUCAACUGUGGCACCUCUGAGUGUUCCUCGAGAUGCCGUUGCUGUAUGUCCCCUCGGAGGUAAACUCUAUGUGGUUGGAGGAUAUGAUGGUCAUACUUAUUUGAACACUGUUGAGUCAUAUGAUGCACAGAAAGAUGAAUGGAAAGAGGAAGUUCCUGUCAACACUGGAAGAGGUGGUGCAUGUGUUGUGGUAGUGAAGCUGCCAUAA